GCUGCCGAACUACAUAUUUAUCGACACAUUUGGCAGAGCAGCACAGGAUAAGUAUCUGCGUCGAUGUCAACGACGAGUGUCCCCUACAUUUUCCGGCAGGCAGGAGCGGGACGGUCGUUGCCGGGAAGAGACAAACGCCGCAUCCCCGCGCUUGGCUGCCCCCGUCCACCCGCGGCGAUUCCCACCAACGCCUACCGCCUGGCCCAUAUAUCCAGCCGGGACUCGCCGCGCACCGUCGCCACCCGUCUCUCACUGUCCCAGUGCGUGGCCAGCACCACCACCGCCAUGAUGGACGCGGCCACCACCACCACCCUGCUCUACGGGGCGCUGCUCGCCGCGGCUUUCCUCUACGUCGCCGCCCUCCGCCGUCGCCGCGGCGGGGGCGAAGGCAGCCUGCCACCGGGCCCGAAAGGCCUCCCUCUCCUGGGCAGCCUGCUGUCCCUCGACCCGGACCUGCACACCUACUUCGCCGGCCUGGCCGCGCGGUACGGGCCCAUCUUCUCCAUCCGCCUCGGCUCCAAGCUCGGCAUCGUCAUCACCUCCCCGGCGCUCGCCCGCGAGGUGCUGCGCGAGAACGACCUCGUCUUCUCCAGCCGCGACAUCCCGGACGCCGCACGCUCCAUCUCCUACGGCGGGGGGCAGAACAUCGUCUGGAACCCCGUCGGCCCCACCUGGCGCCUGCUCCGCCGCGUCUGCGUCCGCGAGAUGCUCAGCCCCGCCGGCCUCGACAACGUGCACGGCCUCCGCCGCCGCGAGUUCAGGGCCACGCUCGCGCACCUGCACGCCGCGGCCAACGCCGGGAAGCCCGUCGACGUCGGCGCGCAGCUCUUCCUCACCACCAUGAACGUCAUCACCGGCACGCUCUGGGGCGGCAACAUCGGCACCGAGAGCGAGCGGACGGCGGUGGGCAAGGAGUUCCGGGAGCUCGUCGCCGAGAUCACCGAGAUGCUCGGCGCGCCCAACGUGUCCGACUUCUUCCCGUCGCUCACGCGGUUCGACCUGCAGGGGAUCCGGAAGAAGUCCGACGUGCUCAAGACACGGUUCGACGAGAUCUUCGCCAGGAUCAUUGAGCAGAGGGUCAAGACCGAGCAGGCCGGCGGGGAGACGUCCGGGGACUUCCUCGAGUACAUGCUCAAGAUGGAGAAGGAAGGUGGCGACGGGAAGGCCUCCUUCACCAUGACCAACGUCAAGGCCCUGCUCAUGGAUAUGGUGGUCGGUGGGACAGAGACGACGUCCAACACGGUGGAAUGGGCCAUGGCGGAGAUGCUCCAGAACCGGACCAUCCUACGCAAGGUCCAAGAAGAGCUGGACGCGGUGGUGGGGGUCGACGGCGUGGUGGAGGAGUCGCACCUGCCGCAGCUGCACUACCUGCAGCUGGUCGUCAAGGAGACGCUCCGCCUGCACCCGGCGCUGCCGCUCAUGGUGCCGCACUGCCCCAGCGAGGACACCGCCGUCGGCGGCUACCGCGUGCCGGCCGGCAGCCGCGUGUUCGUCAACGCGUGGGCGAUCAUGAGGGACCCCGAGGCGUGGGAGGACCCGGCCAAGUUCGUCCCGGAGCGGUUCGCCGCCUCCAAGGACAGCGGCGACGGCCGCAAGGUGGACUUCACCGGCAGCGAGCUGGACUACAUGCCGUUCGGGUCCGGGAGGAGGAUCUGCGCGGGCAUCGCCAUGGCCGAGCGGAUGACGGCCUACUCCAUCGCCAUGCUGCUGCAGGCGUUCAACUGGGAGCUGCCGGAGGUCGCGGCGCUGGACCUGACGGAGAAGUUCGGCAUCGUCAUGAAGAAAGCCACGCCGCUGGUCGCCGUGCCGACGCCGAGGCUUUCCAGACCCGAGCUCUACUCCGCAUAGAUAGAUGGUCCUACACCUCAUGAAUCCGUGCGCAACAAUUUCGCAGCCCCAUCUCGUGCAGUCGUGCUGCUGAUCCAAAAGAAAUCUCGUUCGUUUUUUCACAAUUUUAAUUGUCCGCUUGUUUUGUAAUAACAGUGCGCGGGACCGUAUACAUAAGCUAGUGUGAUAUUCCAUAUCUAGGAUGCUGACAGGAAGUCAUCAGAUCAGUGGUGCCGUGGUGGUACCUUUUGCUA